UCAAGAUGGUGAUAGUCAUUCCGCGAGACAUAUUUUGUCCAUUUAUCGUUAAUUGCAUUGACUGAACACAAUCUUUAUUUAAAUUCGAUGGUUAUUUAAAUACUCGGCGUACUUGAUGCCACAUCUCAUUCGACUGUUGUUUGUUGGGAUGUGAAGAUCCUUUUAAGAAUUAUAUUUUAUUUUUAAAAUUUAAAAGCUUCUUAAUAUGAAUACGCAAUUUAUAUUCUGUGCCGUAAUAAUGGCGCUGAGUGUCACUAAAUCGUGCACUGCUUGUACGCAGUUUGAUGGACCGGCUUUGAAAGCUGUCUCUAAUGGUGCUAAUCAAUUUUCUACAAGUUUUUAUAAAGCUUUGGCAGAUAGUGAGUCAGGUAAUUUUAUUUGUUCGCCAGUAAGUGUUAAUGUAGUUCUGUCUAUGGUAAGUUUUGGAGCUCAGGGUGAUACCGAACAUCAAUUGAAGUCAGUAUUGAAUUUACCAUGUGAUAACAGUCUUACCAAACGAGGUUAUCAAGAACUCAUUGAUUCACUAAAUAAUGUAAAAGGAGCUGAAUUAGAAUUAGCUAAUAGAAUUUUUGCACCAAUUGAUUAUGAAUUGAAGCCUGAAUUUAAAGACUUAACUAAAACGUGCUUCAGGUCAGAAACACAAAAUGUCGAUUUUAAAAAAUCUGAAGAAGCUGCCAAGACAAUAAAUGAUUGGUGUGCCAGCAAAACAAAAAAUCAUAUAACUGAGCUUUUUAAGCCUGAUGAUAUUCGGGAUUCGACAUUAGUUUUAGUUAACGCAGUUUACUUCAAAGGUAAAUGGGCUAAUAAAUUUGAUUCUGCGUUGACAAAACCCGCGCCAUUUUAUACUGACGAAAAAACAUCAACAGAUGUACAAAUGAUGCAUAGACACGGUCAAUUUUAUUGGGGCUUCAUUUCUGAAGUCAAUGCCAGAUUCAUUGAGCUUCCUUACGAAAGCAAAGAUUUUAACGAAGCAAUUAGUAUGUUUAUAAUUCUUCCAAAUGAAAUAAACGGACUACUAAAUGUUGAAAGCAAUCUUAACAAAAUUGAUUUUUCACGACUACGAGGAUACAAAGGCAGUGUUGAUCUUUAUUUGCCUAAAUUUAAAAUUGAAAGUAAAUUUGAUCUAAAAGAAAUUUUGGAAAAGUUGGGAAUUUCUGAAAUAUUUAAAGACUCGGCAAAUUUCUCUGGUAUCAGUGACAAAGUUAACAUGAAAGUCAGUAAAAUUGUUCAAAAAGCGUUUAUCGAAGUUAAUGAAGAGGGCAGUGAAGCAGCUGCAGUCACAGGGAUUCUUAUGGGUGAAUCUGCACGACCGGCUCCACCACCGCCACCUCCGGAGCUAUUUGUUGUCGACAGACCUUUUAUUUAUUCAAUUGUUGACCGAAAUAGUGAUAUUAUACUAUUUCAAGGACACAUAUAUAUUCCAGUUUGUACUGGAUUUGUAACUUUGUCAUUACCGCCACAAUUUGUUGUUGACAGACCAUUUCUGUGUCUAGUGUUCAGUGCCAUAUUGGCAUUGAGUAUAACUGAGUCCUUAACAGGUUAUGUUGGACCGACUCAACCAAAUGAAUCUGGUCAAUCCGCUGCUCGUGAACUCGGUUUAGCUUACAGUGAAUAUUUCUACAAAUAUUUCAAAGUAAAAACACAUGACUUUAUAAUUGUUCAUAUAUUACAUGCAUUUUUUGACGGAAACUUACGUAAUUUUGUCUAUUUGCCAUUUGGUGCAUUUCAAGCAAUAAACACGCCACGUUAUGGCGCCAAAGGAAAUACUGCUCAGCAAUUCGACUCAGUUUUCCCAUUGCCGUUAGACGAAAAUGUCAAGAACCUAGGUUACCAGUAUAAUACUGCGUACUUGAACACCGGAUUAUACUAUCCAUUUGGAUUUGCUGCUGACUUUUCUGACUUCGCCCAGAGUCGAUUAAGAAUCAGAUAUGCGACUCAGAAAUCAUAUCUCAGUUUCAAUGAACAUGGAAGUCAAGCAGCUUCCGUUUUUGGACUGAAUUUCGAAAGAACACCAACAGAAUCCGAAACUGAACCAUCACAACCUGGAGAUUCAUUCGCACAGCCUGCAUAUGAACCAAUACCACCCACAGUUGCAGCACACUACCCGUAUGAUGACAAUGUAUCGGCAUCAGUUCCAGUUUUCAAUUUAGCGAAACGGUUUAGUUCAUUAACAACGGUAUUGAAUUUUAAAGGAAUCAAAAUGAUCAUAAAGCUUCUAUUCAGUGGUAUAAUAGUGGCAUUGAGUGUCGCCGAAUCUUUGUCAGAUUGUGUUCAAUCUGAUGAACCAGCUCUGAAAGCCGUUUCUACGGCUGCUAAUAAAUUUUCUAAUAAUUUUUACAAAGCUGUAGCAGAUAGUGAAUCAGGUAAUUUUAUUUGUUCACCAGUUAGUGUAGAUAUCGUACUAUCUAUGACCAAUUUUGGCGCCCGUGGUAAUACUCAAAAACAAUUAGAGUCAUCUUUAAGUUUACCCUGUGACCAGACUGUUGCCAAACAGGGAUUUCAACAACUUAUUAAUUCAUUUAAUGAUGUAAAAGGGGCUGAACUGAAGCUAGCGAAUAAAGUUUUUACUGCGAGCAACUCUAAAUUACAAUCUGAUUUUCAAGAAAUAACGAAGACGUACUUCGGAUCUGAAUCACAGAGCGUUGAUUUUACAAAUACUGAAGCAGCUGCUGCCACUAUCAAUAAUUGGUGUGCAGAAAAAACGAAUAAUCGAAUAACUGAACUAUUCAAACCUAAUGAUGUUGAGGGUUUCUUAUUGGUGCUAGUUAACGCAGUUUACUUCAAAGGAAAAUGGGCAGACCAAUUUAAUCCAAAAUUGACCAGGUCUUCACCUUUCCAGAUUGAUGAAAAUACAACCAAGGAUGUGCAAAUGAUGUACAAAAUGGCAGAUUACAACUGGGGACAUCUCGAUACUCUAAAAGCGAAAUACAUUGAACUUCCAUACGAGAGCAAGGACGAUAGUGAAGCUAUAAGCAUGUUUAUCAUUCUCCCUGAUCGACAUACUAAACUUCGUGAUGUUGAAAAUAAUAUCCACAACAUAAAUUUUGCCGAACUUGAAGGACCCAAGAGAGAGGUUGCUUUACAUUUGCCUAAAUUUAAAAUCGAAAGCAAACUUGAUCUAAAACCAAUUCUAAGUAAUAUGGGCAUUACCGAGAUAUUUGGAGACACUGCUGAUCUUUCCGGUAUUAUGGAGGAUACGCCAUUAAAAGUGAGCAAAGUUAUUCAGAAAGCAUUUAUAGAAGUCAAUGAAGAGGGUACUGAAGCCGCUGCUGUUACAGGUAUGAAAAUUGUUGCACCAUCAAUGCCACCCGAAAUCGAAAUUAACAGACCAUUUAUUGCAAUAAUAGUAUCUAAAACUUCGGGAACGCAUCUUUUUAGUGCACGAAUUACCGAUCCAGCUUUGGCUUAACCUAAAAAUAGAAAUAACUCAAUAAUUGACUCGAUCAUGAAUUAAAAAUAACCUUUUUUGA